AUGUCCUCACCCCAGCAGGAGCGGGCAGCUGGCAGCCACCUCCUCCUGCUCCUGCCCCUGCUGCUGCUGGGAGGCUUGAGGCAGGUCCCACCCCUUUGGUGGAAAAACCCCAAACCAAAGACUCCUACCCCAUGUGUUUGUACCCUGAGGAGGUGCUGGCUGUUGCAGCAGAUGCUGAAACUUGUUUUUCAUCACCUCUUUAAGGUGUGUGCCACGCUUUCCCCAAAGGAAAAGUUUAGGGAGUGCUGCCGGUUUUUUGGAGACAAUGGCUUGACUUUGAAGGUGUUUUUUACCAAGGCAGCACCCUUUGGUGUUCUUUGGACACUCACAAACUACCUUUACUUACAUGCAAUAAAGAAAAUAAACACUACGGAUGUCUCCGUGUUGUUCUGCUGCAACAAAGCUUUUGUGUUCUUGCUUUCAUGGAUCGUUCUGAGGGACAGGUUCAUGGGAGUGAGGAUCGUGGCUGCUAUAUUUGCUAUUGCAGGGAUAGUUAUGAUGACGUACGCUGAUGGGUUUCACAGCCACUCCGUUAUUGGGAUAGCCCUGGUGGUGGGCUCUGCCUCAAUGUCUGCUCUCUACAAGGUUUUAUUCAAACUUCUUUUGGGCAGUGCUAAAUUUGGAGAAGCUGCCUUAUUCCUGUCUGUGUUAGCUGUCUUCAAUGUCCUCUUCGUUACCUGUAUUCCUGUCAUCCUGUAUUUUACCAAAGUGGAGUACUGGAGCUCUUUUGACAUCGUUCCUUGGGGAAACCUCUGCGGAUUUUCAAUUCUCUUAUUGACAUUCAAUAUUCUACUAAAUUUUGGGAUUGCUAUUACCUACCCCACCUUGAUUUCUCUUGGAAUUGUACUGAGUGUCCCAGUGAAUGCGGUUGUUGAUCACUACACGAGUGAAAUUGUCUUCAACAGUGUCCGAGUAAUCGCCAUCAUCAUUAUUGGCCUGGGCUUCCUCCUGUUGCUCUUGCCAGAGGAAUGGGACGUCUGGGUAAUAAAGCUCCUCACGCGUCUCAAAGUCCGGAAGAAGGAAGAAAUCCCCGAGGGGAAUGGAGACAUUGCUUCAGGACUGCCUAACAAAAGCCGGAGAACUCGCCCCUCCAUGUCGUCCUUUGCUCAUUAAAUGCUCUUUU